UGUGAUCCGAAAUGAAUUGAAACCAAGUUCGUCCGCGCUGCCGUCGACGGGAUUUUUUCUUCUGAGCCGAGGAAAAGCGGAUAGGCAAAGAAGAGCAAGCAGGAGAGAAAGAGUGUGCGAGCGAGCAAGAGUACGCUCACUGUGGUUUUCGAAUAGUUCGAUAAUUGAGAGAAAGAAGAAGAAAGUGCAGCUGUAAGAAGACGACGUGAAGCGGAGAAGUAGCAAAAACGUAUACACAAGCAUCGUUUGUUAGAAGAAAACCAGAGGCUCCUCGAGAAGGAGGAAAAAAUGUAAAUGAACAAUCAAUAUCUUGUACGUUCAAGUCAGGAAGUGGCUGACUUUUCUGACACAGUGAGUGAACCGAAGGGAAAUUUGCGUCUAUUUCGGUUUAUUGCCAACGUAUGUACUAAGUUAGGCAGUGAGUAGUCAUAAUUCCUUCAUCUUGAGAGUGUUUUAUGGUGCCUGCCGUGAAGCAGCAUUGUGUCGGGGGUGCUUUCCUCGAUGAGUGGAAAAACGAAUUAUGAGGAUUAUACAUUAAUCAUGAAGACAAGCAGAUAAAUGUGAAAAGGACAGCAGCCGGGUGUUUGAACCCUGCGAGUGAGUGAGUGCAACGUAAUGGGGAAGCAAGAAUCGAUGUUGAAGUGUUGAAAAUCGGUCGCGACCAAAAUAUACCGAUCGUCGGCCGCAGAGACAGCCCAAACGACAUACGAAGGAGGGAAAAACAAGUCAGGGAACAAACAAACACAGACAAUGUAAGCGGCUAAUGGUGCUGCUUCUUAACUUUAUGUGGUCUGCUUUUCUGGAUUCGUUGUCGCCGUCGUCGUCGCUUUCGUGUUCAACACCCAAGAGCUCCUUGACUGGCACGACACAGAAGACACACGGUCAACCAGUCCCAAAACCGAAUCGAACCAAAGGCAGCUACAGAGAAACCGACGAAACAAGCGGGAGAUAGAGAAAGCAAGAUGAAGAAAAAGUGAUACGUUAUAGUGGUUUGACGAUAAUUUAAAUAAAAUAAAGAUUCAAACAAUUGACGGGAAGAUUCGGAGAGGAAGCAGAAGGCUAUAUUUUAUACUUAACCAAAUUUGAAACGAGGAAGAGAAAGAGUGAGCGGUUCCCAGAUAGGAAUAUCAUGCAAACAAGAUGAACAAGUUCAGCAGAAAGAAGAGUAAAGGUGACGUCACCGAGGUGAAUCGUCACCAUCAAAGGCGACCGACAGCCACCAACAGUAUAACCACAAAACGACGAAAAUCUCGGCUACUAAACACACGACUAAAGUUGCUACCCAGCAUCAGGACGACGUCCUUUCUCACACUAGGGCUGAUUGUAUGCCUACAGCUGUUGAUGAUGUCCACCGUACUACACUGUGCCAAAACGUUCUACAUGCACUGGAACACGACAAACAGUAUAUUCCGGAUCGACAACACAGAUCACAUCAUCGACGUCAACAAAGGUAACUCGGCGUUCGAGUACGAUCAAGUCCAUAUCAUCUGUCCGGUGUACGAGCCGGGCACGUUCGACAACGAGACAGAGAAAUACAUCAUCUACAAUGUCUCGAAGGUGGAGUACGAAACGUGCAGGAUCACGAAUCAUGAUCCACGCAUUAUCGCGAUCUGCGAUAAACCGAACAAGUUGAUGUUCUUCACUAUCACAUUCCGGCCAUUUACACCGCAACCCGGCGGUUUAGAGUUCCUACCAGGGAAUGACUACUAUUUUAUCUCUACUUCGUCCAAGGACGACCUCCACCGGAGGAUAGGUGGUCGAUGCUCCACCAACAACAUGAAAGUAGUAUUCAAGGUAUGCUGUGCCGACGAACAGCACCAGCAUCCGAAUAUCACGUCUAGUAAUAACAAUAUUCCUUCGUCGACGGCGAUCGACGGUGGCAGUUCGCCGAAUGGCAACAGUGCAGUUAGUGGCAGUAGUGGUGUCUCGGUCAACACCAAUGCCAGUGGUUCGAUGGAUGGAUUCGAUCCGUCGACGAGGUUACUUCCGUCCUCGACGGUCAACAGCAGCCAAGGCAACAUCGUGCAGAGCACGGUCAACUGGCCGGUAUGGAAUGGAGGCCAACAGCGGCCAGUUCCGUCGACUCCAUCGGUCAACAAUGGUGGCAACGGUCGCCAUCAGCAUCACUACACCCCAUCGCCUCCGCGAACGGCCAUCAACAACUACAACAACUACGGCGGCAACAGCGGAAGCGGCUCUGGUGCUCAUAGUAAUAGUAAUAAUUAUAACAUUAACAAUCCACCGUCCAAUGCACAUCAGAACAAUAAGCCGACGAAGAAGACGAACGAGUACGACAAACACCCGAACGAGGUCGUCAAGAACGAGGAACUCACCUACAACAAUGGCGCUGCAACGAGGAUCGCCACCAGUUCCCGAGGUUUGCUAGGAUUAGUACUUUUAGCGAUCUGUUCGCAUCUCCUGCUCAGUAGCAGUAGGCUCUGCGUGACAGGGUUGCCAAAUGCGUUGCCAUUGACGAGAUAGCACGUAAGCCGAUUCCUAACACGAUGCUAAUCAUGACACAUACAAUUACUUGAAAACACACACACCCACAAAUACACACUCGAACAGACAUUUGUAAUACGAGACUCUUGAAUCCAGAUUUUUUUUUGUAAGAAAACACGAAUUCGCUUGCAACGAGGGGGAUCACCGUUUUCCCCCGCGGCGAACAGCAACGAUACUUGUAAAACAAGGCGCAGAGAGUCAUCGAGAUCGUAAGUUAUAUCCUUGUUCGUACACAUAAAGAAAAAGAAGAAAAAAAAAAAAACAAAGUGGAAACAAAUAUCUGAUAGUCCUUAUAUAGUGUGUAGUAGUGAGUGAUAUUAAUUUAAUGAACAAAGCAAAAAGAAAAAAAAUGGAAAACAGCAAGGAAAAAUCACACAUUUUUAUUAGAAGGUAAACCGAAGACUGAGAGAUUUGACCGCUGGAGCAUGAUGUUUAAGAGAGAAACCGAAAUAAAACACAAAAAAAGUUCAGAAAUGCAAUGACUACGAACGAAAAUCGUACACACCUA